GAUCUCGCUUUGGUGAACAACUCCAAGCUUAGGAAUUAUAACACAAGACAACUGCCUCUACAGGUGUAUUUUUAACCUGAAUCUCAGCUUGAUUUAUUUAAAUCACAACAUCACACCUUCAAGCAACAUGUUCUCAACUGGCGAAGUUUGCAUUGUUUCACCCACACCAAUGAACGAUCCCGACGCAAUUCAUCUAGCUGAAAUCAGCAUGGGGAGCACGCUUCUAGACCUCGAUCUUAUCCAACAACAGCAACGCAACGGCCCCUCCCCCAGUCCCUUCAGCGGCGGCUUCGGACUCCCCCCUUCACCAGACAUGCAAGGGUCCUUCUAUCCAGAGCAGAACUUCUUUCCUACACAGCAGAUGGGCUCUACCAUUCAGCAGCAGGGGGGAAACCAGAUCUCAGAGAUCGAGGAGAACGAGAUGAUGCGAUUACUAAUGAGGGAGAUGAUUCCUGAUAUCCUCGAGGAUUGCCACAAACUCAACUUGAUUCCAAAUGUUUACUGCUGGACGCCGGAAGAUGUCCAGAAGUGGUUGUUAUGCGUCGCCAAUCGCUUUGAGCUGGGGGAACUCGAGAUGGGCCACUUUUACAUCAAUGGACCAACCCUUGCAACACUCCAGGACGUGGAUUUCAGGCACAGGGCGCCGAAAUGCGGCGACAUCCUUUACAGCGUUGUAUGUCUUCUUAAAUCAAGUAUUCACUUUGACGUAGCACCCCAGGUCGUACCUCAAGCACAACAGAUGAUGCCCAAUAUUCCCCAACCCUCGCACUUCAUUACCGGGGCACCCACCACAACCAUGAUGCCACCCAAGUACACCUACACGCCCGUCUCACCGGUAGCAACGCCAGGAGACGAGAGCGGUAGCACUGGCUCGCCUAGCGAUGACGAGAUCUCAAUCCCAUCACCCGCCCCCAGCGGACCCAACACCUCCAUGACCCCGAACCACACAGGAGGUAUCCAGCUCUGGCAGUUCUUGAAGGAGCUCCUCCUCCAGCCCAACUCCUACAGCUACUGCAUCAGGUGGAUAGACAGAACACAAGGUAUCUUCAAGAUCGAGGACUCUGUCGAGGUCGCCAGACUUUGGGGCUUGAGGAAGAACAGGCCGGCCAUGAACUACGACAAGCUCUCUCGCUCCAUCAGGCAGUACUACCGCAAAGGCAUCAUGAAGAAGACCGAGGUUUCGCAGCGACUCGUCUACCAGUUUGUCACCCCCUGUUAAAGAAUGGAAUAGUCUAAAAACUCUCGCGAUAUGAACACGCACACAGAGGGAGAGAGAAGCAGAAUGUACUCUACGAAAGACAUUGCCAAUUACUAUUGCCUAUCAAAAGUGGAACUAGUUUCCGAACUUGAAAGGGCGAAAUGGACUUUUCACUUGUUAUGACAUCGACGAGUUUUAUGUGUAUUUAAUAUUUAAAGACUUUAAACAAUCUCAUUCUUGCCCGAAGAGACAUGGUUUCCAUGGUUACUAACUAAUCGCAGUACUAGGGUUGAAUAACAUGUAGUAUUUUAAACUCUGAUUGUGUUAUAAUCAACAAUUUUGUAGCAAAUAUCUUGCAAUUGUAUCAUAAUAAAGUCGAGGAGGUGGGGGUUAGGUGAACAUUCUUUUCUAUGGAUUGUGAGAAAAGCAGACAUGAUGCCUUAUUGGUAUUUUUUUAAUGGAUGUCUUUUAACGGUACUGUUUUUCUAGGAAUGAUUUUAUGCAUUGUUUUCGUGAUGUUAUUAAUUCUCAUGUGAUUUUUUGUUGUACAUAUUCUUAUACUUCUACUAUCAUGAUGAUUUUCGAGAGGAAGAAGACAUUUUUAAA